AUGGCCAGCGCCGAAUCCCUCGUCGACCUGCUGCACGACGUGUCAGAUGACAAGGACGAGGUCGACUCCCUUCCCUCCAUGUCCACCGACGACAUCUACUCCGAGGCCGACUCCGACGCACAAGAAGAGUGGGAGCGCAGCUUAGAGCAGCUGCAGCUCAUCCUCACCAUGAUGAUCGUACCGUGGAUGGGCAAAUUCUUUGGUCGGAAAUUUGCGUACUGGAGUUGGACGCGGUAUAUGAGCUGGGUACAUAACGUCGAUGUUCGAUGGACCGACAAGAAGGCAUUUAAUGUCGCCGGAGCAGUGGGCGCGGCCGCAACGUUAUAG